AUGAAGCUGAUUCCUUCAAUAUUCAAGAACAAAGAAGAAAAUAAGCAGACGUGGGAAUGGCCCUCAUGCAAGCAACCGAAGACUCUUUCUUUUCGAGCAAGGGACGACGACAUUUUCAAGACGGUUAACUCGGUUUUUUUCGAUCCCUCUAAUGGGGUUGAAACAACGGAGUCUUGGUUCACGAAUUCCUCAGAGUGUGCUAGCUUUUCGACUGAGUCCGAGGAGAAUUCAGGAGGAGGGGAUCAAUCAGUGGAGAUGAUUAUUCGCGGGGCGAGAUCAGAAAGCAGCAGGUUGUUGUUCAAGCCUGCGGGAGACACAAGUUCGAUCUUAGCCGAGGCGAAAAUAACGAAUAAAGAAGUUUUGCCAUUCGAAGGAAGUGUUGUCUUGGCAAUGGAAUCAGAUGAUCCUUACUUGGAUUUCAAAGAAUCAAUGCAAGAAAUGGUGGAGACUCAUGGAUUGAAGGACUGGGAAUGCUUAGAGGAAUUGUUGGAAUGGUAUUUGAGGAUGAAUGGAGAAAUUAAUCAUGGGCUUAUAGUUGGUGCUUUUGUGGAUUUGCUCAUUGAAAUUGCUUCUUCUUCGUCAACAUUGCCUACUUCUGAUUCGACGUCGUAUUCUUCUGCUGCUUCUGAUUUUUCUUCUCCUCCUUCUCCUGUGUCUCCAGUACUAGGUCAAAUAGCAGUUCACGAGGAAGAUGGUACCAUCAAUGUACAAUCUUAG